UUUUAAAGGAUCGCCAUGGAUUGGAAAAGAUCACUUUGUUGUCUUCUGUUCCUGCUACCACUGAUUUUCACCCUUGAGAUUCAGACCAUCAACUCCAUAAAUGAGCUGGAAGAGAGUGAUUUUGGCAAAUCCUUUCCCCAGCAUGGCCUCCUUCUCCUCUACUGGUUCAACUCCCUGAUAGAUAUGGACCCAAACGACAUCAUCCGGUUCAAGGACAGAAGUUAUGACCCGGUCACUGACUACCCAUUUCAGCAAGCAGAGAAUUCAGGUAACCUUCCGCACAUAAUUCCAAACGGACAGAGAGCUUACUACUCAAUCGGUGACUUUGAAGAUGGUUCAGUCAGCUACUUGCCUUUUUACGUCACCCAGGACUUUUACAACGCCAAAAACCACGAAGGACGAAAUCUAGACAGGCUCAUAAUUGUGAUAGAUAAGUGGUACACGCCAGUCAGAGUAGACCAGGUGUACGUCACUGAGAAAUCUGAAUGCAACGCUCCAAAUGUGACCUACAACAAUUUCACCGCAACCUACAAAGUGGGCGCUCAGCUCCUUCGCCAGAUCACAACUUUGACCAACCCAUUGGACUGCCAGAGCACAUUCCUGAAGGAGAUCUUCCCCCACCUUGGCUUCAGUCUGACUCUUGCUGAGAACAUGUUUGGUCAACUGGGUCUCCCUUUGUUUCUGGCAUUAUCGGGCUACGACCUCGAGAGCAGAUACAAUAUCACUGCGCAAACGUGGUCUUGUCCGACACUGUGGCUAGCCGGGGGCAGGAAAUCCUUGUGCGACACCAGCAAGCAAGAGCUGGCCAUCAAGACCAGCCAAGACGGCCACGCUGUAAUCAGCUGGCACGGGCUGCCUAGCAGCGUCCUGAAGGUGCACACGACCGUGGCGCUGUUUCAGACGAGCGACCGCAGCGGCCCCCUGGUGGAACAGAGGAUCGACGGCCAGGCAUCGGGAAACCUAGAGACCACAGUGCCCUUGAACCCCGGACUUCAGGUCCAUCUGAUCAAACAGGACGUCAACGACGCCACCAUCUGGCAAGGGCCUGAGUUCAACGACGGCAACCGGCAGAUCCCUGUUCAGGUGGGGAACGCCAGCGCCAGCCUGCUGAUGUUCACGCGCAAAGGAUACGCCGCAGCUCGACUGUACAUCAAAAAGACCUUCACCACCUGGAAGGAUGACUUUUAUUACUCUUGGGUUGGCUUCUAUUCCAGUCCAGAGGAAAGCAAUGAAAACUAUUUGAGUCGCCAGUGGCAGUGGGUUAGUCAUUUUAGAAAGCAUAAGCUUCUCAGUCUGUUCAGGUAUGAUACUUAUGAGUAUGUGUCUGGAACCGCCAUGACUCCAGAAAUCCAGAUACGAUUUUUUCUCAGUGAAUUUGAGGAGGUGGCUCGUACAAGGGGCUGGAAUAUGUGAGAUGGUUACCAAACCGGCCAGUACAACAGGGGCAUUUUUGCUGAAAUGACAUGAGUUUUAGAACAUCAUUACAGAUAUUCCAACGUGAUCAUUGAUGUUGAUGUUUGCCUAUAACG